UGAAAAUAAUUGUAUUUCAAAUGCAUAAAAUGACGCUUCUGAUUCAGCUGGCGCGACCUUUAUUUCACAUUUGAGUUCAGCUGCUCCUGAUGUCUCUCUCCUGAAAAUUUCAAUAUUAAAAGCCAGAGAAACCCUAUAUUUGGGGAAGCUUAUCCUUUACCAUCAACUUUGGGGUGGGGGUCAGAGGGAACAGGGGACGAAAGGCGGCGCUGAAUGGGGCCGAAGCUCCGCCCCUUAGCGAUAAGUCCAUUUUCCUGCGGCCAACGUGGUCCUCCAAGGGAGCAGCUGAGCCGCUGAGGCUGGCGAGUUCCAGGGGAAGGAUGUUCUAGCCGGAGCCUACUCGAUGGUAGGGCAGGAGCCGCCUGGUGUCUGGGCGCGGCCAUGUUGGAGGCUCCGGGCCCGAGUCAUGGCUGCGAGCCCUGCAACCCCAGUGCCAGCAGAGCCACCUGCGCCGGGCAGAUGCUGGAAGUGCAGCCAGGACUGUAUCUCGGUGGGGUCGCGGCCGUCGCGGAGCCAGACCACUUGAGGGAAGCGGGCAUCACGGCCGUGCUAACGGUGGACUCGGAGGAGCCCAGCUUCAAGGCGGGGCCUGGGGUCGAGGGUCUGUGGCGCCUCUUCGUGCCAGCGCUGGACAAACCCGAGACCGAUCUGCUCAGCCAUCUGGACCGGUGCGUGGCCUUCAUCGGUCAGGCCCGCGCUGAGGGCCGUGCGGUGUUGGUGCACUGUCACGCAGGAGUCAGUCGAAGUGUGGCCAUAAUAACUGCUUUUCUCAUGAAGACUGACCUACUUCCCUUUGAAAAAGCCUAUGAAAAGCUCCAGAUUCUCAAACCAGAGGCCAAGAUGAAUGAGGGGUUUGAGUGGCAACUGAAAUUAUACCAGGCAAUGGGAUAUGAAGUGGAUACCUCUAGUGCAAUUUAUAAGCAAUAUCGUUUACAAAAGGUUACAGAGAAGUAUCCAGAAUUGCAGAAUUUACCUCAAGAACUCUUUGCUGUUGACCCAACCACGGUUUCACAAGGAUUGAAAGAUGAGGUUCUCUACAAGUGUAGAAAGUGCAGGCGAUCAUUAUUUCGAAGUUCUAGUAUUCUGGAUCACCAUGAAGGAAGUGGACCUAUAGCCUUUGCACACAAGAGAAUGACACCAUCUUUCAUGCUUACCACAGGGAGACAAGCUCAAUGUACAUCUUAUUUCAUUGAACCUGUACAGUGGAUGGAAUCUGCUUUGUUGGGAGUGAUGGAUGGACAGCUUCUUUGCCCAAAAUGCAGUGCCAAGUUGGGUUCCUUCAACUGGUAUGGUGAACAGUGCUCGUGUGGUAGGUGGAUAACACCUGCUUUUCAAAUACAUAAGAACAGAGUGGAUGAAAUGAAAAUAUUGCCUGUUUUGAGAUCACAAACAAGAAAAAUAUGAACAUGAUAUUUUAUAGCUUUGGAAGAAACUUGCAGAUGAUAUGUACUGCCUUUGCUUCUUAUCAUUCAUUGCAAAUUGUUUAUGCUGUUAACAUUUCAUUUGAAAUGGAAGAAGAUAAAGUCACUUGAUGUAACCUGGAAACUGUUUUGCAUGGCAAUCUAAGCCUUUUGAUCAUGUACAUUUUAUUUGAUAUUAAAAUCUUUUAUAACCAGA